AUGUCCUCUGAUUAUACUGUAUUUGCAAGCCAAGACUUUGAUUCAAACGAAUACGCCAAUGCAAUACUCGCAGGCGAGCCAUAUCCUCCGUCAGACGCGAAGAAGGGACAGACUCCCGGCAGGCCGUCGUUCGAUUCCCCCUCGAAAGAGGACGUCUCUGUGGCCAUUUCAAGACUCACUUACGGGAUAGAUGAUGUCUCUAAGCAGAUAAAGAACCUGGUCACUUCACACCAUGAAGAUCUACUCGGCCAGGCAGCAAGCGCAAGCGAGCUAUCCGGAUCCCUUGUCUCGGUGAAGGGGGGUCUUUCAGAGCUUGAGAUGUCACUUGAGAAGCUGCGGACGAAAGUGCGGCUGCCAUACCAAUCCCUUCAGACCAAUGUCACCCGGCUGCAUAAGCUUCAACAAGCCUCGGACGUCCUCCGACGCACAGCGCGCUUCGUCGUGCUCGCCAGACGAUUACAGGGGCAGAUGGCCGAGAUGCAGCAGAGCAAGGUCGAGAAGACGGACGACACUCUUGCUCCUAUACCCAGUACUCCGAGUAGGACGACCUUCGCGUCUGCGGCGGACUUAGAAGAUGACAAAGAGCGUGCGAUCUCAAGGGCUGCGCUGUCGAUCGCAGAGCUCGUGUCACUCCUAGAUGGUCCUUCCACCUUCAGCUCAACAACAAGUUCGAAUGGUGUCGACGGCGAUACGUCCCACCAGGAUACUGAAGAGGAUUUUUCGACUCAGAAGAUACAUCUACGCUCAGUCAACGCGGUAGCGACGCAUAUACCCUUCAUCGAGGAGUCUAGGACGACAGUUACGACGGAGAUGGAAAAUAUGGUCGUUGCAGGCUUGGCGUCUCUGAACCAAUCCCUGCUCGCAUCCUCCUUGCAAACCGCGUACAACCUAAAUGUGCUUCCCGAGCUUGUCCAGAGUCUCAUCUCCGACUUAUCCCUCGCCGUUGAGGAACGGAUACGAACGACCUUCGAUAUGACGAAAAUAUCUAAGGAUGCAUUGGGAAAAGCUUCACUAGACGUCCGUCGCGCCACUCGGCCAUCCAUCGCGCCGCUCGGACGUCUCGCGCGCCACUUGUACCUGCGAUGCAUCAUUUCCCCUUUCGACUUCUCCCUUUCAAUGUCCUUCAAUGUCCUCACACGUCCAUCGCUCCCCCCGCACGUCUUCCACGCCUCGGCCACCCAGUCGAACACGCAAUACCGCUCCCGCAUACGCACCGAGCCGACGAACCUUACUGCGCCACAGUGGACGGCUGCGCUAUGGACGCGGCUGGAGAGCAUGAUUGAGGAGAUGGCGGGGUGUUGUAUCAAGGUCUACACCUUGGAGAAGGUUCUCAAGGUGAAGAAGGAUACAGUCUCGCAGACGAUAUUCUUGGACGAGGCGAUGAAGCUUCUCGAGACUAAGCCUAGUGUCACGUUCUGGACGGCCUUGUCACGAUCGCUGGAGAAACAUGCAAAAGAAGCUUGCAAAGGCGAGUGCGACUCGUGCUCAACUUUCCUGCAACAAACAUUGGGCGGAGGCUAUCCGCGAUUACUACGCCUUUUCCAACAGUUCUUCGCCAAGAUAGCAGUUCAUACAGAUACCGUCUAUAUCCACUCGCAACAAAGCACGGAAACUAUCCUCGUGCUGCGCGCCCUGUCGACAUUCGAGGCCUUCUAUCUCACGCGGUCGACGAGCAAGCUGAAUGAGGCCGUCGGGCAGGCAUUUAAGAUGACGCCUGGGGCGACGGAGGGCACGAAUGUCGCCCGGACGGUCAUCAACGAACUCGACACGGCUCGGUUCGAUCCUCUUCUUGUGCGGGCGGUGGCGAAGAAUGCGGCGGCGAGCCUCGAGAUGUUCGUUCAGAGGGCGGAUAACAUGGUCGUACGCGACCGCUCCGCGUUGACACUCAUCGGGCCCGCCUGCACGCCCCAGCAGGCGGCUAAUGCGCAGGUAGCGACGUGCCUGCACCACUGUCGCGCGCGAUUGGCGCAGCUGGAGAGCGAGCACAUCGACGCCGUGUGCGCCGCGCUGCGGCCCAGUAUCGAGAACAUGAAGCGCACGUACGAGCGGGUGGUGGAUCCAUUGCUGGCAGCGAUCAGGCGCGAGCUGGCCGCGAUCAUCGCGCGGGUGCACCGGUUCGACUUUGGGCGGGCGCAGGACCCGAUGUCGGGCGGUGGGGCGAGCUUGUAUAUGAAGGAUCUGGUGGAGAAGCUGGCGUUUGUGAAGGACGAGAUCCUGAGCAAGUUUAAUGUGGAGGAUAAGCCGUUGUGGAUGCUGGCCCUCGCAAAAUACGCUAUCAAGGUCUUCGUACUGCACAUCUCAAUCGUGAAGCCGCUUGGGGAGAGUGGGAAGCUGCAGCUCACGAGCGAUAUGGCCGAGCUGGAGUUUGGGCUGAGUGCGUUCAUGUCGGACGGGACAUCGAGCAAGCGUGGAGUCCAUCUCGAGAAUAUUGGCGACGAAUAUCGGAUGCUCAGAGCUAUGCGGCCAUUGCUCUUCCUCGAAAACGCUCAGCUCGCCUCACCUAUGUACACGAUCGGUCUCCCGCCGCUCAUCGUACUGCAUCACAUCCUCGUACGAUCACCGGUACCACUGCCUCAUACCCUACACGGGUGGCAGGAGGCGGAGUACGUGCGAUGGGUGGAUGAGCAUACGGAAGAGGAGGCGUGGACGCUUGUUGAGUCGGGUUUGUCGCAUUGGGAGCAGGUUAGCGCUGCGGAGGGCAAGGAUGCGGCUGCGGCGAAGGAGUAUGUCGAGCUUGCGCGGACGGUGUUGCGGAAUGCGCAGGAGGGGGCGUAG